UCCUUCCCUCACAUCCUAAGCGGGUGGAGCUAAGAUGCACGGAAAAGACACGAGGAAAGGAAAUGAGGAUGCACACAGCAGUGAGAAUUAGGAGGAUUUUGACUCUUGUGGCCUUCCAUAAGCCUGAUACUACACUGACAAGCCGAGGCGUGUGUGGACAGAGCUGGCUUUGCCGAACAGCCAGGCCAUGUCUUUAAAGAUGGAGCUGGAUGUCAGUGGAGUGUCACGGACCCCCGUGUCCGUUUUACCCGCUGCUGAGGUCAAAGCCACACUAAAGCCUGAGGUAGAGAAACCGCGCUGCUCCAGCACGCCCUGCUCACCCAUCAAAAGUACUGUCUCAGGAUACCAGAUCCUCCACAUGAACUCUAACUACCUGGUGGGCUUCACCACUGGAGAGGAGCUUCUCAAACUGGCCCACAAGUGGUCCGGGCCAGAGAAGAGCAGCACGGAGGCGUUGCCUGGUGCCAUCCAGAAACCCGUGGAUUUAGGGAUGCACCGCGCGUCACGCGUUUACAAAACCAAAAGCCGUUACUACCAACCUUACGACAUCCCUGCCAUUAACGGGCGACGCAGAAGGCGAAUGCCCAGCUCAGGCGACGCCUGCUUCAGAUCUCCAGCGGCUGGGGAGAGCAGUAAGGCCCUGCACGGCCCGCUGCCCCUCUGCCUGCUCAAGGCCAAGCGUGCGCACUCCAAAUCUCUGGACUACCUCAACCUGGACAAGAUGAAUCUCAGCGAGCCGGCCGACACCGAUGUGCUGCAGUACCAGCUCCAGCACCUGACACUGCGCGCCGAGCGCAUCUUCACCAGGAACAAAACAUGAACGGAUGAAAAAGGGCCAGUCGCACCCACAGCCAGGCCUGACACACCCAAGGAACUGGCUGCUGUUUUUGGGCCUUGCGUUUCUCCAGUCAGAUCAUAGGCAGUUCCUGUAGUAAAGGCACCCGUAGGCCACUAAUCUCGUUAUUUUAAGAACUGUUUGUUAACCAGAAGGUUCAGUGAGGUCCAGCUAACUUAAACUUUAACCUGUGAACAAAGUGAAGUUGUUUUAAUAAUGUGUGUGUGUGUGUGUGUGUGUGUGUGUGUGUGAGAAGGGUGAGGCUGAGUUUGUUCAGGAUUAGCAAUAAACUAUAUGCUUAACAGUUGCUACUACUGUAUGUGUGUGUGUGUACGCCUGUGCUGAGGUGAAAAUGCCUCAAUUGCAGAAAAUGUACCUAUAACCUGCACUAGAUCAUACUGUUAGACAUCUGGAUAUCAUUUUUUUUU